CGGUCGAGCAACCUAUCAAGCCUCAGUGUGUAGUAUCAUCCGACGGCUCCGGAAAGUCGCAAGAAUCCUUAUUCAACUUUUCGAAGCCGAACUUUCAUUGGUUUAUUCCAAUACAGUAGAUGACCGCGAGUAUCUCAAAAUUAUUUCGUCAGAGACAAGUGUUGUGCACUGGACUUGUUCUGAGGUCCAUAUUUUCUCACGAAACACACUUACUUAAGGUUUACUUCUCGUCCACGACUGGAAAAAUGUCGGAAAAGUGCUGCGAACCGGGUUGCAAGAAAGUCGUGAUGCCGGCGGGUCAUUCGCCGCCCUUGGCCCAUUACAGCCCUGCCAUCCUCGCCGGCGACACCUUGUACAUUUCGGGGCAACUCGGUAUUGAUGCUGAUGGGAACCUAGUGCACGACACGUGCCCUGUCAAGCAGACGAACCAGGCCAUGGAAAACAUGGGUGCUAUCCUGAAAGCAGCAGGCAUGAGCUACGAACAUGUCGUGAAGGCCACUGUGCUCUUGGCUGACAUCAAGGAUUCCCCU